AUGACAGAAAAACAAGUAAAAAUUAUAGUUAAAUACACCGGUGUUAAAGAAUUAGAAACCUCGAAUAGUGGUGAAAAAAGUAGUUAUCACCUUUUCACUCCGGUUGAGUCGAACAAUGAUAUUGAAGAAAUUAAAAUUAGAUACGAUAAUCACGAAAUUACUAAUUUAGAUAGUAAAUCUCCGAAACGAAUUUUUGAAAAGGAGGACACGAUUGUCUUGGUGGAGCAAGAAGAUAAUGGUAAUAAUGACAAAAAAGCAAAAGACUGUCCGACUUGCCUUGAAAGAAUAAACUACGAACUGGCAAAGUGCGAAGAGUGGGAAACUUUGCGAAAAACUGGAAUGGAAAAUGCAAAAAAGGGAGAGUGCUUUCACGAAAAAAGUAAUUUUCCGGCUGUCUUAGGUCAUAAAGUAGAAGAACAAAAGAAAAAAUGUUCGAAAUGCCAAAAAGAAUAUGUAUCCAGUAAGUCCAAUGAUGUAGGCGACGAAAAAACUUUUCCUCAUAACUGCUCCCAAAAACCUAAUCAGCAAGAUGAUGAAGAAAACGAGGAUGACAACCCUAAUAAUAGCAAAAUUGCCGAAAAGUCAACCGUGCGAAAAUAUUGUAAAGAUAAUGAUAUCAAAAACUUAGAAUAUGAUGAAGAAACUGGUAAGUUAAUAAUUACCUACAAAAGUAAAAAUAAACCUAAAAGCGAGUUAGAUAAUUUAAAUGAAGAACUCCAAGAGAUUAAAAAUUACCUGAAAAAGGAAGGCAAGAAGAGUAGCAACAAUAAAAGAAGACUCUUAACUGAAAGCGACUGA